AUGAGGAGAAGUAUUGAUAAAGUUGGUACACUUUUAGAUCCCCUAGAUGACGCUCAGUUUAAUAAUACUGGUCUUGUUGCCAUUAAAACUUUCAGAUAUAGAAUGAAGAAGUUAAAGUAUUUUAAAAACAUUAAAGAAGUGGAUUUCAUUCUUAACAUGCCUUCACAUCCUUGUCUUCUUCAAAUUUAUGAAAUGAUAAUUGAUGACUAUAAUUUUGAAUUGCAUGUUUGUAUGGAAAGUAUGACCCAAAAUUUAAACAUAUUGAUGAGAAAUAGAAAUUAUAAAUUCACAAGAAGCACGGUUAAGUGUAUAUUAUCACAAUUAUUGAGUGCUAUUAAUCAUAUACAUAUUCAUGGAUAUUAUCAUAGAGAUAUUAAACCAGAUAAUAUUCUCAUUAUCCCAACUUGUUAUUAUUAUGGCUCAAAUGAAGGUAUUCCUCCACAUAGACAAAAUGAUGUAUUAGUUGUUAAACUUGGAGAUUAUGGAUUAGCUAGAAGCAUAUACGAUACCAAAAUAUCUACUGGAUAUGUUUCUACAAGAUGGUAUAGAGCUCCAGAGAUUUUAUUGUAUCAGGGUUUUUAUUCGCAACCAGUUGAUAUUUGGGCUUUCGGAGUAAUUGCAUUAGAAUUAGUGAAUCAUGCACCUUUAAUUGCUGGUGGUUCACAUUAUGAUCAAGUUCUCAAGACUAUUCAAAUCCUUGGAUCUCCAUUGCCAGAAUAUUUUCAUCCACAUUUUCAUCGGCCAUUAGGAGGAUUUUGGAGAGAGGCUGCAAAUCUUGCCGAAAAAUGCCAAUUCCAAUUUCCUUUAUGUUAUGGAUCAACGUAUACUGAAAUAAUUAAAGAAAGAUACUACGAUGAAAUAAUUCCUGUUGCAAGUGUAUGUUUGUUAUGGGAUCCCUAUGCAAGAGCUUCUUCAGAGGCUCUCUGUGGAAUGACCUAC